GGGACGUCGUGUCCUGGAGUUAGCACGGCGCAGCCGCCACAGGGUUUACUUUACUGGAGAUUCAUCGUAUCAAUCACGAGGAAGAGCUGCGCCGCCGACGAGCAUCGCUGCGGUAGCAACCACUGACUGCAGCAUGCUCGCCGCCACCACGCGCGUCGCCGCGCGCUCGACAGCGAUCGCGGUCCGCCGCGCGUCCACGUCCUCGAGCGUCUGCCUGACCUGGGGCGAGGGCACGCACGGCGAACUAGGCCACUACCCCUUCGUCACGUCCGGGCUCAUGAAGCAGUAUUUGGAGCUGACUCCAAGACAACUCGAGGGUGUCGACUUUCGCGACAUCGCCUGCGGCACGAACCACACGUUAGCGGUGGACGGUUCUGGAAAGGUCUGGUCCUGGGGCAAGGGUGAGAACGGCAAGCUGGGCCACGGCGACGACGCCGACCGACACAAGCCUGAGAUGCUACAGGGCUUCGCGGGCGUCGAGAUCGUGAAGGUCGCCUGCGGCGAAAGUCAUUCAUUAGCAUUGGACAAGGACGGCCGGUGCUACGCGUGGGGCUGGGGCGGGUCCUGGGUCUCGGGCGGCGGCCACCUGGGGCAAGGUUCGCGGGACCACGUCUUCGAACCUACUCUGAUCGAAGGCGCGUUGGAGGAAGCUCCAGUCACCUCGAUCUCCGCGGGCGAGGCCCACUCGGUCUUCCUCACGUCCGAUGGGGAAGUGUGGACCUGCGGCGCGGGCGAGCACGGUAGGAAUGGCAACGGUGGGAGUUCUGACGUCCUGAAGCCGGAACCGGUCACGGCGCUCGACGACGUGGAGAUUGUCGAAGCCCAAGCCGGUUCGGCCUUCACGGUCACGAGGUGUUCGGAAGGCUUAGUCCGAGUCUGGGGCCGCAACGACCAGGGCCAGCUCGGUUUAGGUGGGGGCCUGGCGAUGGACGUCUACGCGCUCGAGGACUUACCUAUAAUAGUGGAACGGGACGACGUGCCGUUGCAGGCGACAGCGGUGGCUGCUGGUCAUUCUCAUGUGGCCGUCGUGUCUACCGAUGCCGAACUGCUACAGUGGGGCGCGAAGCUCGCGCUGGGCCCCGCGCCGCACUUGUUCGAGGAGGAGGGCGGCAGGGUCCCUUUGCCAAAGCGCGUCUGGUGCGGCGGCGGCUACACUUUGGUCGAGUCGACCGACGGCGUGCUGUACUCCUUCGGCCAGGGCGGCUCGAAAUGUUUGGGUCAUGGCGACAAGGCGCGCGAGCCGCACCCGAAGAAGGUCGAGGCUUUGUCAGGCUUUUCGGCUUCGACGGUCGCGUGCGGCUUCCGGCACGCGGCGGCGCUCGGGUCGUGGGACCCGUGGGCGUCGCCGCCUCCCGCAACAGAUGCGAAGUAAUAGUUUCUCUUA